AUGGGGAAGAAGAAGAAGAGGGCAUCGUCGAAGAUGUGGUGCUAUUACUGCGACAGAGAGUUCGAGGAUGAGAAGAUAUUGGUGCAGCAUCAGAAGGCCAAGCACUUCAAGUGCCAUGUAUGCCACAAGAAGCUCUCCACCGCCGGUGGCAUGGUCAUUCACGUCCUCCAGGUUCACAAAGAGACCGUCAACAA